AUGUCGCUGCGCGAGAGGCAAGAGGAGCAACUGCAUCAGGCGUUGCUUCUCUACUUGCAGAAGCGCUUCCCCGAAACCGCAAAGGUUUUCCAGGAUGAGGCCAAACUUCAGGGCUUUGCAGGCGGCGCCUUGACUCGGCGGUGCAGCAGCUUGCAGAAUGCGGGGCGCGUCACGCUGGCGGGCGCGGCGGCGGCCUCGCAGCUCGACGAAGACCUGCUGCCUCGGAGGUGGGGAGCGACGGCGCGCCUGCAGGCAAAAGUAACUUCGCUGCAGAGUCAACUUGUUCAGCAGCAGGAGCAGAUUGCGCUUCUAAUGGCGGCGGCGGCGGGGCGUGCGCCGGCGGAGGGCGCCGCGCAGGCCGCGAAGCAGGCGGGCGACCUGGCGGACGGCAAGCGCGAAGACGACGAAGCGGCGGCGGCGCGCGCAGCGAGCGGAGAAAAACCUGAGAAAGUCGACUGGGUGCUGCCUUGCGCGCCCGCCGUGUACACACUCGCGGGCCCCCGCUGUCCGGUGAACGCCCUCGCCGUCCAUCCGCUCCUCGCGCAGCUCGUGACGGCCUCCGACGACGGCGUGCUCAGGAUCUACCAUAUUAUGCAAGGCGAAGGAAAAUUCGAGAGGCAGUUCAAAGCCCACAGCGUGGCGAUCAACGACGUCGUGUUUGACGCCUCAGGCCGAUGGUGCGCGACCGCCUCCGCGGACAUGGCUGUGAAGGUCUUCGACGUCCAGCAGAACUAUGAGCCCUCCCGCACGCUUCAGGGUCACAGUGACAUCGUCUCCGGCCUCCAGUUUUGCUCGCUCGACGAGAGCCCUCGCGACGGAGCGGGGCCAGCGGGCUUUGGGCGCCAAGCGAGCAACGGCGUCUUGUCGAGCGCCUCCUCCGCCUUUCUCUUCUCCUGCUCGCGCGACGGGACUGUCAAGCUGUGGGCGCUCGCCUCGGGGCUCUGCGUCCGCACUUUCUCGCCGGCGCCGCAGGACGUGUUCGCCCGCUCAGGCUCGCGCGAGGCAUGGAUUCGCGCCGUCGCGGCUCCCGAAAAGAGCAUGCGCGCGGCCAAGCUCUUUGCCAGCUGCGGAAACGACCAAAAAGUGUGCCUCUGGCGGUACGACCUGGGUGUCGUCGUUCGCGAGAUGACCGGGCAUUCCCAUGUGGUGGAAAGCGCCGUGUUCGCCUCGGAGAAGAUGCUUCGUCUGCUGCAUGCGCACAAGCAAGCACCCCCUCCCCUGCCCAACAGCCUUCUCGACGAAGGCUUGCUGAAGGCUGCGGAGAAGGAGUCGGGCACUUUGCACGUUUUGAGGCUCUGCGGCUUGGUGCUUUUCUCCGCCUCACGAGACCGGACGCUGCGCAUGUGGGACGCCGUGCAGGGCGUGACGCUGAAAGUUUUUGUCGGUCACGACAACUGGGUUCGGUGCGUCAUCCUCCAUCCGGCGGGCAGCCACAUCGUUUCCUCCGGCGACGAUCGCUCGGUGCGAUGCUGGAACGUCAUCUCAGGCGCCUGCGAAAGGGUGAUCGCGCCAGCGCACUCGCAGUUCGUCACAAGCCUCGGUUUCGACUUCUCCAGUCUACUCCUGGCGAGCGGCUCGCUCGAUUGCACAGUGAAGCUGUGGAGCUGCAGCCAUUCCCAACAUAAGGAAUUGGCAAACAAGCAGCUCAAGCCGUAA